AGAGGACUAGGAGAAGACGGCGAGGAACGCAGAGACGGUCGAAUCUCUUCUCUCCAUCAUUUGGGGACGCGUCAUACCGCCUGGUCGUGACGUCAUUUCUCUGAAUUGUUGAAAGCGGCUUUGGAGGAGUCAUACAAUGAAGAACCAAGAUGGUGAGAGCAAAGCUGUGCUGCUACCUGCCAGUCCUUCUAAAAUAAACUGUAGUCUAGGGCCUGAUGACAGUGACUUAGCUGACUCUUCCGUAACGUCUUCAGAAACCUGUGAAUGUCCACACCCGCCUGAGCCAUGUAGCUUAAAGCCUUUGGUUGAUGGAAGUGAUGAAACUUCAGCAAGUGAAGAAACUCCAGCAAGUGAAGAACAAAGCAAGAAAGAGGCAUCUCUGACAGAUGAAGCUGCAUCCUUGCCCAAUCAGUCUGCCACCUGUGAUGUCUCUGAAGAGCUGAGUAGACAGCUGGAGGAUAUCCUGAAUACAUACUGCAAGGAUACCAACCAAGAAGGUCCAGGAGAUGACAGUGGGCAGAAUGAGCCCAUAGAGCUGGAUGAGGCUGAAAAGGGGCGGAGUGAGUCCCCGCGGAAUGGCGAGCAGGAGCAAAGUUGUCCUGAGAUAAAUGGGGAGAAAGAGAGCCCCAGGGGAACCAAUGAUGAGGGUGCAGAGCGUGAUCAGAAGAGAACCCAGGAAAAAAAGAAGGCUAAGGGUCUCGGAAAGGAGAUCACAUUGCUGAUGCAGACCCUCAACACCCUCAGCACAUCAGAGGAGAAGCUGGCAGCCCUCUGCAAGAAGUAUGCAGAACUGCUUGAAGAACACCGAAACUCACAGAAACAGAUGAAAAUCUUGCAGAAGAAGCAGACUCAGUUGGUGCAGGAAAAGGACCAUCUACGGAGUGAACACAGCAAAGCAAUCUUGGCCCGCAGCAAGUUGGAGAGCCUGUGCCGGGAGCUUCAGAGACACAACCGCACCCUCAAGGAGGAGGGUGUCCAACGUGCCCGUGAAGAAGAGGAGAAGCGAAAGGAGGUGACCUCCCAUUUUCAGGUGACACUCAAUGACAUCCAGUUGCAGAUGGAGCAGCACAACGAGCGCAACUCCAAGCUGCGGCAGGAAAACAUGGAGUUGGCUGAGCGGCUGAAGAAGCUCAUCGAACAGUAUGAGCUGCGGGAGGAGCACAUUGACAAAGUCUUCAAACACAAGGACUUGCAGCAGCAGUUGGUGGAUGCCAAACUCCAGCAGGCCCAGGAGAUGCUGAAGGAGGCUGAGGAGAGGCACCAGCGAGAGAAGGACUUUUUGUUGAAAGAGGCUGUGGAGUCCCAGAGAAUGUGUGAGUUGAUGAAGCAACAGGAGACCCAUCUUAAGCAGCAGCUGGCCCUCUAUACAGAGAAAUUUGAAGAGUUUCAGAACACCCUUUCCAAAAGCAGUGAGGUGUUCACCACCUUCAAGCAAGAAAUGGAGAAGAUGACAAAAAAAAUCAAGAAGCUUGAGAAAGAGACCACAAUGUACAGGUCUCGCUGGGAAAGCAGCAACAAGGCUCUUCUGGAAAUGGCAGAAGAGAAAACCCUCCGGGACAAAGAGCUGGAAGGGCUCCAGGUGAAAAUCCAGCGUCUUGAGAAGCUGUGCCGAGCCCUGCAGACGGAGCGCAAUGACCUGAACAAGAAGGUGCAAGACCUUUGUGCCCUGGCCUGUCCAUCGGCUGACAUGGGCACCCUGGAACCACCAAAGGACCAAUUGCCAGGCAGCUCAGAGGAGCUGGCACCACAGGGCACACUGGUGGGGGAAUACCUUCCUCUGGCACAGGCGGGGUGCUGCACAGGACCACCAGCUGAGAUCCUUGGUGAACCAAGCGUAGGAGCGCAAGCUCGGGAAGAGACAGAGGCAGCUGCAAAUUCUGUUGAGUGAAGCUGGAGGAAGGGAGGCUGACUAGCAAACUUCAAGAGACUGAUCUAGUCACCUUUCCUGAAGCCAGGGCUGGGGGUGAGAGCUCAGCCCCCCUGGGCCUCUUUGAGAUUCUCCAGUUACAGGUUUUCACAAUACUGAAAGCUUUUUUUUUUUGGGUUGCUUUUUUAAACAAAUCUAUAUAUAACACAAAGUUGUGCAGGGCAACCCCCACUUUUUAUAUAUAUAUAGAAAGAGUGAGAGAGAGAGAAACUAGAUUGAUCCACUUUGCUAUGGGUUGUGUGACCUCAAGAUAUAAGGCAGUGUCACUCAAAAACCUGAAGGAUGGCCUGGGGCAAACCUCUCACCCCUAUUUCACCCAUUCCACAGUAGUGGCGUCUGUUUGACCCCUGUAGCUUACUGGGUGCUAUGCUAUAAAUACAAAUGUAAAGCAAAAAGUGGACAUCACAGGGGCUUGGAGGAUUUUUCCCCCCCUUCCUAAAAGUUGUUUUUUUGUUUUUGGGGGGGAUACAGCCCCCAAAUUUUAAACCAGUACAGGAGACUCAGGAGUUUGGUAUGUUGCGAGUUGUUGAAUUUUGAGAUUGUCUUUUUUUAAAAAAGAAGAGAAUAAAGUCAUUGUGGUUUUGUUUCAUGGGGAAACAAGAGAUUGAGGCCAUGGAGCCCUGUCAGUUUGGGGAGAGGAGGUAAUCCCUUCCAGGACUUUGCUACUUCCAGAAUCUUUGUCUCAGUAGCCUUAUAACUUCACCGUUGCCUCAAUGCUUAUAUGCACACACGCACAAGCGUAUGUAUUAAAGGUUUAAUCCAAAGGUUUUUACUUAAGUGUUUUGCACAAGAUGAAUGUCCAUGCGCCUGUCUGUGCGCAA